GUUGACAUCCGUAAAGGAGUUUACACAUUUUUCUUUGCUCGUACCUUAAACAAUCAGGCCGUGUACCGAAACAGACUGCAUGAUACCAAGUAUACUUUUGUGCGCUGAUAAAAAACAAUCACUUAUUUAAAAAAAAAAAAAAAGUUUUCGUAAACUUUGUCCAAAAUUAUAUAUUCAAUCUUGAAAGCAGCAGAACCUAAGACAGACACUAGUCAAAAUAUCACAAGUUAGUCACAGUGGCUAACACAAAGUCCUCACAAUUGUCAUUCUAAUUGGCUGGCACUGCAGUGAGGUCAUGACAACAAACUGGAUAGUGGUGUUUUCUCACUUUAGGUGCUCUGUCCCGAAAAGAAGUGAAGAGAUGCUAACGGGGUAACCCCGGAUCUGUGUUCCAUCAUUUGAAGGCUCGUGUUUUGAUACCGUUGAACUUUGUGGAAAUAUCUUUCAUUUGAUGUACAGAGCACAUCCGCUGAGGAACUUUUCGACGAGAAAUUUCGUCCAAGUCAACGCGCUUCUCAAAGUGGAUCCAUGACUUUGGACCGGUCAAAUACUCUUGCGUAGAACUGGUGAUGCCCACAAUGCUACUCCAGUGCCACUCUGGCGCUGUCCUGUUGGCCCUGUCGUGCUGCCUGCUGGGACUGACAUCAUCACUGAACCUGGAGGACCCCAAUGUCUGCAGCCACUGGGAAAGUUAUUCGGUCACUGUGCAGGAGUCGUAUGCACACCCGUAUGAUCAGAUCUACUACACCAGCUGCACUGAUAUCCUGACAUGGUUCAAGUGCACACGCCACAGGGUGAGCUACAAGACAGCCUACCGGAGAGGAGAGAAGACCAUGUACCGCCGCAAGUCUCAGUGCUGCCCGGGUUUCUAUGAGAGCAGUGAGACAUGUGUUCCCCACUGUGCCGAGAAAUGUGUGCACGGCCGCUGCACAGCCCCCAACACCUGUCAGUGCGAACCCGGGUGGGGAGGAGCUGAUUGCUCCAGCGCAUGUGACAGCAGCCACUGGGGCGCCCACUGCAGCAGGCGCUGUCAGUGCAAGAACGGAGCACUGUGUAACCCCAUCACGGGGGCGUGCAUCUGUGCGCCGGGCUACCGCGGCUGGCGCUGCGAGGAGCCCUGCAAGGCGCGCACCUACGGCGACGGCUGCCACCAGAAGUGCCUGUGCCAGAGCAAUGCCACCUGCCACCACGUCACGGGAGAGUGCACGUGUAAUCCCGGCUACACAGGCGCCUUCUGCGAGGACCUGUGUCCUCCAGGCAAACAUGGGCAGCAGUGUGAGGAGCGCUGCCCCUGUCAGAACGGUGGAGUGUGUCAUCACGUGACUGGAGAGUGCUCCUGUCCUGCAGGCUGGAUGGGAACGGUCUGUGGGCAGCCCUGUCCUGAGGGUCGCUUUGGUAAGAACUGCUCUCAGGAAUGCCAAUGUCACAAUGGAGGUAACUGCUCCGCUUCAACAGGCGAGUGUGUGUGCAGUCCAGGCUACACUGGAGAGAGGUGUCAGGAUGAGUGCCCGGUCGGUAAGUACGGCGUGGGCUGCCGCCAGACCUGUCGCUGUGAAAACGGAGCCAAGUGCUACCACAUCAGCGGAGCGUGCCUGUGUGAGCCGGGCUUCGCGGGCAAAAGCUGCAAGACCCGCAUCUGCCCACAGGGCAUCUACGGCCUGAAGUGUGACAGGAUGUGUCCCUGCCACAGGCCGAACACCCGCAGCUGUCACCCUAUGUCGGGGGAGUGUUUGUGCCAGCCUGGUUGGUCUGGAGUCUUCUGUAACGAGACCUGUGCUCCUGGCUUCUACGGAGAGGAAUGUGAGCAGCUAUGUCAGUGCCAGAACGGUGCUGACUGCCAUGGUGUGACGGGCGAGUGUAGCUGCGCUCCAGGCUUCCAGGGUGCCAAUUGCUCCAUACCCUGUCCUGUAGGGAGCUAUGGAAUAAACUGCUCGUCUUUCUGUACCUGUGAGAACCAAGCUAUGUGCUCUCCUAUCGAUGGCGCUUGCACUUGCAAAGCAGGCUGGCAUGGAGUGCACUGCUCUAUAAACUGCCCUAGUGGCACAUGGGGCCUGGGCUGCAACCUUACCUGCAUGUGCGGCAACGGCGGGGCAUGCAGCACUCUGGACGGCCGCUGCACCUGCACCCCGGGCUGGCGGGGUGAACGCUGUGAUCUGAACUGCCAGGACGGGACGUAUGGAAUGGACUGUCGGGAACGCUGUGACUGCAGUCAUGCUGACAGGUGCCACCCUGUCACCGGCUACUGCCGCUGCCUCGCCGGCUGGACAGGGAUUCACUGUGACAGUGUGUGUGCUGAGGGCCACUGGGGCCCAAACUGCACUUUGCCCUGUAACUGUAAGAACGGAGCAUCCUGCUCGCCUGAUGAAGGCACCUGUGAAUGUGCCCCUGGCUUCAGAGGCACCACCUGCCAGCGGAUAUGCUCACCUGGUUACUUUGGCCAUCGCUGCAGUCAGGCAUGCCCACAGUGUGUCCAUAGCAAUGGCCCCUGUCACCAUGUCACUGGCCAGUGUGCCUGUCUUCCUGGUUUUAAAGGAGCCCUCUGCAAUGAAGUGUGUCCCAGUGGCAGGUUUGGGAAAAACUGCGCCUCGAUAUGCACCUGCACCAACAACGGCACGUGUAACCCCAUUGACGGCUCGUGCCAGUGCUACCCUGGCUGGAUCGGCAGUGACUGCUCCCAGCCCUGUCCUCCUGGUCACUGGGGCCCGAACUGCAUCCACACAUGUAACUGUCAUAACGGAGCGUACUGCAGUGCUUACGAUGGAGAGUGCAAGUGCACAGCAGGCUGGACGGGCUUGUACUGCACACAGCGCUGUCCGUUAGGUUUCUAUGGUAAAGACUGUUCCCAGACCUGUCAGUGUCAGAAUGGUGCAGACUGUGACCACAUCUCUGGGCAGUGCACCUGCCGCAGGGGCUUCAUGGGACGACACUGUGAACAAAGAUGUCCACAUGGUACCUAUGGCUUUGGCUGCCGGCAGGUGUGUGACUGCCUCAACAACUCCACCUGUGAUCACAUGACAGGCACGUGUUACUGCAGCUCAGGCUGGAAGGGAGCUCGGUGUGACCAAGUUGGCGUGAUCAUUGUGGGCAACCUCAACAGCCUGACCAGCGCCGCUGUGCCAGUCGAAUCCUAUCAGAUUGGUGCCAUUGCAGGCAUCAUCGUUUUGGUACUGCUGGUGAUCUUCCUCCUGCUCCUCUUUAUCAUUUACCGAAAAAAGCAGAAGGGUAAAGAGCCCACAAUGCCUGCGGUCACCUACACCCCCGCCAUGCGGAUUAACACGGACUACGCUCUUGCAGAUGCCUUACCGCAAACCAACGAGGCCCCUCCCCACAGCAACUACUUCUCCAACCCCAGCUACCACACGCUGGCCCAGUGCUCCAGCCCUCAGGUCAACAACCUGCCCUAUGGGAAGACUAAGAACAACCAAUUGUUUGUUAACCUGAAGAACACACAGCAGCAAAAGAGGCCAACUCUGAUGGAGCAGACUGGAACUCUACCUGUUGACUGGAAACAGGUCAGCUGCUUCAAUGAGCUAGGCGCAUAUGGGGCUGACAGACGCUAUAUGAGAAAAUCUCUUCGAGACCUGGCAAAAAGCGAGCCCUACCACUCUAGCUCCUGUUCUCUUAACAGCUCUGAGAAUCCCUACGCCACCAUUAAAGACCCGCCGCUCCUGGUCCCCAAGAACACUGAGUGUGGCUAUGUUGAAAUGAAGUCCCCCACCCAGAGAGACUCUCCAUAUGCAGAGAUACACAAUUCCAAUCCCACAAACAAAAACGUAUAUGAAGUUGAGCCGACCAUUAGCUCUGUCUACACUCCUCUCAGCAACGACUGCAAUGGAGCGUUUGGCCAGGACCCAUACGACCUACCAAAGAACAGCCAUAUCCCCUGCCAUUAUGACCUGUUGCCCACGCGAGACAGCCCGCCUUCCUCCUACAGGGAGCUUGAAAGUGAAUGAGCUCAUAAAGACUUGAAAGAACAUACCCUAUUUCCACUGCCAUGGCCUCGCCUUCCACGAGUUCUCUAUGCCCACAUGAGGUUUGAAAGUCUUUUUUUUUUUUUUCAUAUGUUCACAUCGAUAUGAGAACGAUUUUAUUUCUGUUAUAUUGUCUUCACUGUCGUUAUACUUAUUCUUAAUCAUGGUAUUUUCUUACAAGAAAUAAAAUAAUACAAAUAAUGCAGGAGAAUUUUUAAAACAAUUCUCUUAGUUUUCCUCUUAUUCAGACUCAUAAAAAUGCAGUAAUUUGAAUAAAAGAGGUGACAGUUUGUAGCAGGUUUACUCAAUAACUGUUCAGUGAAUCAUUCCACGUGUUGAUGACAACAUAUCACUUGCCUUUAUGCUAUAGCGUGCAAAUACAGAGAAAACCUCAAUUUAUUUUUAUAACAAAAAAAUGUUUGAGAUCGAUACAGUAUUAGCUAUUGGAAAGGGAUCUGGAAUGAUUUUGUUUGUUUUCUUUUUUAUUGGUGUUUGGAUGAGUUUAUAUUACCACUGUUGAAAAUCUGCAUCAUUUAUACAGUGAUGCAGUAUUACUGGGUUUUUUUUUAGGAAUGUUUUUGUUGUCUGCUAGUGUUUUAUCAAUACUAAAUUUAACCAAAGGUCAAAGUGCCAUAAUAAUGCUUUCUUUAUCUAUAUUGGCUCUUUUGGUAAAAAUAUUUAUUUAGACAACCAUCCUUCAGUUCUGUUCUCUGUAGCCCUGGGUUUGCACUCAUCAUCUCUAAUGCUGUAAUCGCAGUUACACAAACAUUUGACCUCCCAGUACAGUCUCAUAGUAACAAACGUCCCUAUGUGAUAACUUCACUUAUAUAUCAUUUGAACAAGUUUGGCAUCAACAGCAUACAUGCCAAUUUUCACUUUUGAGAGUGCACACAAAUCAGCAUUGUUUGAAUGAUUUGAGUAAUUCAUUAAUACCUUUUAACUGUCUUAGUCAACUCAGUCAAUGUCUGUUAUAAACCCAAAGUGGUUAUUGAAAAUAGAUACAGAAUCCUCUAAAGAAAUAAUGCUUAAGCUGGACUUUUGCAAUGAAGGUGAUUUGUGUAGGAAGUCAGGCUGUGUUUUGGUCUGGACACAGACCACCUUUAGCAUAUUUAGAUCUUUUAUAUGUUUGUGUAGAAUGGUACAAGGCCAGCCUCCAGUCUUAAACUACUCUGAGCCAGAUAUUAUGUUUGUAUAAAAUUGUACAUAGCUUGUUAUACUUUUAGAACAAAAUCAUAAGACAUUAUGUUUGGGGGCUGAGGGCGAAAUACACUCAACUCAAUGACUACAUUUUGUAUCCUAUUUUAUGUUCAAUCAGAAUAGUUUAAAGCUGCUAUCAGGUACAGCUGUACACAUCUGGUCAGCUUUUGGUACUGCAACAGCAAAAACUUUAUAUUAGGCACUUUUACUCCUUUUUUGGAGACCCCAUUUCCUGAUUGUGGCUUUAAUUCUACUAUUUUUUUAAAGAGCAUAAAAAUGUAUAAAUAGCUCUCAGCAUGACAAAUACUCUUUAGAGGAAAAUUAUCAGUCUAUUGGAUUUAAUAUGACACACACACAGAUCAUUUUUUUUUUACUGUCAGUCUUACUUACUUCUCAAUGUUCUACAAAACAAUGACCACCUAGUGAAAUCACGGUUCCAAAUGGCCAGUGCAAAUUUGUGUUGACUGAACUUGAAGGGUAUAUAAGUGUACAUGUAUAUAUCUACAUUCUCUUUCCCUAAUGUGUUUUUUUGUAAGAACAAAAUUAAAUUGCACACUUUUUAUUCUCUUCCCCAAAGAAUACCCAGGACGGUAUUUGCCUCUUACUACCACUUUUCUCAAAUGCUUUGUAUUGUAUUUUGUUUCCUAGUAGCUCAAGUGUUCUGUACGUGCAACUUUGCUUUACAAUAAAAUUACAAAAAUGAG